AUGUUCUCAACCGAGAGUGCCCAGAACCAUGACCAGAAAUUGAACGAAGAGAAACCAGCAUGGUCUACUCAGGACGUACCCAACCAUGCUUUUGUCCUUCUGGAAACGAGAAAAUUCGGCUUCGAGGAACGUCCAAUGCCCACACUACAGUCACCAAGGGACGUCCUGAUAAGAGUCAUCGCAACCGGACUUUGCGGCUCUGAUAUCCAUUACUGGCACCACGGCCGCAUCGGUAAAUACGUCGUCGAUAACCCCAUCAUACUAGGUCACGAGUCGGCGGGAAUCGUCGAGGCAUGCGGUCCCGACGUCAAAAGCCUAGCAGUCGGUGAUCGAGUCGCCCUCGAGCCCGGCGUAGGCUGCAACACGUGCGAGGCGUGUCGAAGUGGCCGAUACAACCUCUGCGGAUCAAUGCGUUUCGCCGCCACACCCCCUUACGACGGCACACUCGCAACCUAUUAUAUUCUCCCGGAGGAGUGUUGUUUCGUCCUUCCGCCGCAUAUCUCUUUCCAGGAAGGGGCACUGGUUGAGCCUCUGGCUGUAGCCGUGCAUUGUUGCAGACUCGCUGGGGAUAUGCAGGGUAAAUCGGUCAUCGUCUUCGGUGCAGGUCCGAUCGGACUGCUCGGCUGUGCUGUAGCGCGUGCAUCUGGAGCAGCUACUGUGGUGGUUGUGGAUAUCGUGCAAUCCCGUUUGGACUUUGCCACACGAUUCGGCGCCACUGCGACUUAUCUGAUGAGCUCGCAGCUGGCUGAAGUCAAUGCUGAUAUCAUGCUGGCUCAGACAAGGCUUUCUGAGGGAGCGGAUGUCAUCAUUGAAGCCACGGGAGCGGAGCCUUGUAUCAACUGCGGCAUCCACGCCCUCAAACGCGGCGGGACGUUUGUGCAGGCCGGACUGGGGACUCCGGUAGUCUCUUUCCCGGUCGCGCAGAUCUGCGAUAAGGAAGCAACUUUCAAAGGGAGCUUUCGAUAUGGUCCAGGCGACUACAAGUUUGCAGUCGAGCUAUUGCGGUCUGGGCGCAUCUCCGUAAAGGAGCUCGUCACACACGAAUUCUCAUUUGUAGAAGCGGAGCAGGCUUUCAUUAAUGUGCUUGAGCGGCGAGGGAUCAAAAGUAUUAUCUAUGGGCCUAGUGUUGACAAGAAGCUAGUCAACGAGACUGCAAUGUUGUGA